CUGGCCCUUAAGACACAUUCUGGUACAAAAAAACUAAAGUCUGUCAUCUGAGAACAAGAAGCCAGAUUUUCUGACAUCCAGUGGUCCUGGUAUCCUAAAUGACAAGAAUUAAGGAGUCCAGGAAAUGCUGGUCUGAGAAGUUGUUGAAAAGUUUCCUGCAGCCUGAAAUGACAGAGAGCCUUGUAAAAAGGACACCCCUAUUUUACACCCAAAAAAUAUUGCUUAAUAGGUAUUAAUCUGAAGAAAUAUAUUGUAUGGUAAAGUUUUUCACAGACUACCAACCUUCUGAGAACCCAGAGAGCAUUUAAUUUUUGUCUGAACAGAAGCACCUAAUGUCAGUGCACAUGCUACAAUGGAAACUAUAAGACAAAUACAAAGUUUUGGCAUCUGUGUCACCUGUAUGUAUCCUGUAGCAUCUGGUGUGGUGUUUGCUACUCUUCUAGUUUCUUGCUGCUCAUCUCUGAACAUAAGAGCUCGUCCACUUGUUUCUAAUUCACCUUUCCUUUCUAUCUGGAAUGCUCCUACAGAACUUUGUACUCAAAGGACUGGAGUGCAGCUGGACAUGAAUUUUUUUCCUCUAAUUGGAAGCACAUUAAAGACAUCCAUUGGGCAAAACAUCACUCUCUUCUAUCCAGACAGGCUUGGCUAUUACCCUUACAAAAAUGAAUUCACAGGAGAGGCAUUCAAUGGAGGACUCCCUCAACUCUCACUGCUGGAGAAUCAUUUAAAAAAAGCCAAAGAGGACAUCCAGUUCUACAUUCCUUCAGAUGAACAACUUGGAUUGGCUGUCAUUGACUGGGAAAACUGGAGACCUGUGUGGAUAAGGAACUGGGGAUCAAAAGAUAUUUAUAGACAGGAAUCCAUUGAGCUAGUUCAGCAGAGAGACCUCAGUCUAUCAGAAGCUGAAGCCAGAGCUAUAGCUAAAAUGGAAUUUGAAUUUGCAGCAAAAUCAUUUAUGUUGGAAACUUUGAAGCUGGGCAUAGAAACUAAACCAAAUCGUCUGUGGGGAUAUUACCUUUAUCCAGACUGUUAUAACUAUGAUUACAAACAAAACCCACACAAUUAUACAGGAACCUGUUUAGAUAUUGAAAUAGAUAGAAAUAAUGAACUUAACUGGUUGUGGGAGAAAAGCACAGCACUUUAUCCAUCUAUCUAUCUAGAGACAGCCUUAAAAUCUUCCAGAAAUGCUCAACUCUUUGUUCGCAACAGAGUUCAAGAAGCCAUUAGAACUUCCCAUGUCUCCAAUUCUAGUCAUCCCCUCCCAGUUUUUGUAUAUACACGUCCAGUAUUCACAGAUGUCUAUGAGGAGUAUCUCUCUGAGGAUGACCUGGUAAAUACCAUCGGAGAAUCUGCUGCACUGGGUGCUUCUGGAAUUGUGAUCUGGGGUGAUAUGAAUUUAACACAAAAUAAGAACACCUGUAGAACUCUGGACAACUACCUUAGGAGGACUUUGACCCCAUACCUCAUCAACGUCACAAUGGCAACCAGAAUAUGUAGCCAAGUGCUAUGCCAAGACUCUGGUGCUUGUGCACGGAAGAAAUGGAAUUCCAGUGACUAUCUUCACUUGAAUCCUGAGAAUAUUGCAAUUCAAAUGGCAAAGGAUGGAAAAUACACUUUACAAGGGCAACCAUCAUAUCAGGAUCUGCAAACGUUCAUAGAAAAAUUUGAUUGCCAUUGUUAUGCAGGGCACAGCUGUGAACCUAGAGCUGAUAUAAAUGACAUCCAUUACCUCCAUGCUUGCAUUUCAGAAGAUAUUUGCAUUCAGAUAUCCUCAAAUUCAUUUUCUAACAUAGAAGACUCUGAAGAAAAGAUCCUGUCUAACAGAACUGCAUUUUCAUUUACCUCUGAGAGUAAGGUUGUUGGUCAUAACAGAGAUGCAGAAAAUAGAUGAAGCCUUUAACUUAAUUUGGAGAAAUAAUGUUUUAUGGCUUUUGAACAGCAAGUUAUCAAGAGGAAGUGACAAUUUUCCCAUCCCAGUUACAGUGAUAAGUCCACGAGUCAAAGCUGUUUCUGCCAUUAAUGUUCCAAGUGGAAUCAUGAAUAAAAAUAUAUAUAAGUAGCAGAUUGUUCAGCACAAAAGAAUCCAUCUGGUUUUGAUCACCUGUGUAAAAACAUGCUUUUUUCCACUGCAGCUUUGAUACUGGUUAUUUCAUCUUGGGUAAAGAAAAGGCAUGGUAUCAUAACUCCUUUGCCUGAACUCCCUUCACACUGCAUUUGUGGUAACUAUCAAACGGUCUCUAAAAACUGGAAACAUCACUGGUAAUGCUUUAGCAAAAUUUGUAUGACUUACAUGAAAUUUUAUUUUUUUCACAAGGCUUUGACACGGUUCUGAACUGAAAGAUACUGGAUCUGUAGCACUUUGUGGUAAGACAGCUUGCAGGUUCACAAAAUCUGCAAGUCUUACCGUGAAUACUUUUGAUUAUCAGCCAGGUAAUAGCAAGCAGAGAAUUUGUGAUGAUUCAAGCAAGGAAUCACCCAAAAAGGAGGAAUGAGAAGAUAAAAUCACAGGAGAGUUGAAACAGAGCACCCAGGACCUCCCAAUGGAUGCAGAGGAGUGAACUGCAGAAGUGAAAGAGUGAAGCAGUGGGGAAUGUGGACUGACCAGUCUCUUCCCAUUCAGCAUUUUUAUCUGCCUGUUACUUAAUAUUGACAACCUUUCCCCAAAGCUCACUGUAGAUAUAAAGGCAUACACUAACUGAUACGUUAGAUCUGUUCAUCCAAUCCCAUCUCUUUUUUAUGCUUGAGAACAGCCAGGACCAGAAAAGUAAAAGGAAGAUAAGAGGACAGCAGUCUAUUGCAAUAAACUGUGCCUUCCUAAGCUGCAUAGGUAAGCAGCUAUCUACCUUGUGCUCUGAUGCAUAAUGCUUUGCCAACCCCCUUUCAAAUGUUCAUUCAGGAUUAUUUAUGUUACCUAUGUGUGUCUGAAAUUCAUGUUCUAAAUCCUACAGACUUCAGGAUUUAGGUCUGCUGUGUGUUAAAUUACAGUAUUUUCCAAAUAUAUUAUUUUUCUCUGUAUUAUAUUUGUCUUACCUAUAUUCUAUGAUAAAGAGUCACCAUGGAGUCAAUGAGUCUCCACAGAGAAAAAGGAAAGAAGAGGUGCUGUGCAUUGCACUGCUGGUGACUAUCAUAUGUUCAAAGCCAAAUUUAUUUUCUCCUAAAGGGGACCCAUUUCUGAAGAGAUUUUCUUCUAUUCACUGUAUUGCCUGUAAUCAUUAGUUAGCCUUAUAGUUUUCAUUGCUUACAUUCCUGUAAUUUUGAAAAGAUUAAAUACUAGAGGAACAGUUCACUUUGAUUGCCAUUCAUUACUUUGUAUUUCUCCUUUCUAGAGACCUCAGGCUGACAAUACUUAGGGACAGGGAAAUGCUAAAGUGGGUUUGAUGAAACGAUCUGUUUAAGUGAAAGCUGUUAAAUACCCUCCUUCAGUGUUUUGACAUUAUGCUAAAAUUUCAGUUGAAAUUCUUCUCUAUCUGAAUAAUAUCGAUCUAGUUUAUUGUGGCGCUUAUUCUGGGACAUACAAAGAUAUUCGCACUUCAAAGGGAGAUGGCAACUGGCACUUAAAGAAUCUGAACAGAAUAAAACCAGUCCAGUCCUCACCUUACAGGUUUUU